AUGCCGCCCAAACCUGCUCAAUUCGGCAGAAUAGGCCUCGUCAUUCCGCUCUUCUACCGCGUCUUCUUCCUAGGCAUCGAGCCCAUCUCUGCUCUUGUCGGUGCCUAUUACGCACACGUGCGACCCGACGACUAUCUCCAGCUCACUCACGCCGUCUCAAAACCCGAAGUCAUUCCCCAAGGAACCUCGAUCGUCCUCUCCCAGCUCGCCAACCUAUACCUGCUCUUUGCUCUCAAUGAAGCCCUCGUUCUUCGCGCCACAUCAGACCUGCGCGUCUGGAAGACCGUCCUGUUCGUGCUCCUUGUAGCCGACUUUGGACACUUGUACACAGUUCGAAGCUUAGGGCCAGAGGUGUACUACAACUUCGCCAAGUGGAACGCCAUCGACUGGGGAAAUGUCCCGUUCGUAUACUUUGGUGCCUCGAUGAGGGUCGCAUUUCUGGCCGGCGUCGGAUUAAGCGGGCGACCGGCACCUACAAGAAAGCAACAGUAG